UUCAACAAAGAACAUUUUCUAGCUUGUUCUAUGCACAUUUAACACUGAAAAUGGGGGGGAGCUGGUGGAAUGGGAUCAGAAAGGAGAUCUUGGGAUGUCAUCUAUAUAACACUUAUGGGGAUGGGCUGGAUGCCACAUUACCCUGCUCCUUUGUCAGUCCCUGCCUUUCACAUGCUGCUUCAAAGCAUCACUGAGGAUUCCACAGAUUUUGCAUUGUCCAGGCAGGCAGAAGGUGCAGGUGCCUCUGUGCCAGGCAGGAUUUCUGCCUGGAGGUCUUCUGUAAAGAGCUGGGUGGCAAAUACAAAAGAAAAUCCUGAGAAGGGAACAGAGGCUCAGGCUUACUUAGGAGCAAGAAAAAGGCUUGAGGAGAGAGUGUGUGGGAAGGGGGAUGGAGGAGAAGAGGAUCAGAGAUACGGAGCAGUGGCUGGGGAUGGGCUGUGAUGUGCUGUUCCCCACCGUGCCCUGCUUUGCCAUCACCUCCUGGCGGCAGUUCGAGGCUCUGUAUCCAGAGGGGAUGUGUCCCGGCUGGAGCGUCGUGGUCAAGGGUGAAACCAGCUCCAGCACCAGCAUGUUUGAAAUUAAUUUCCUCAGUCAUCCCGGAGAUCAGAUCGCUUUCCACUUUAACCCCCGCUUCGCCAGCUCCAGAAUUGUUUGCAACUCCUUCCUGGCCAACCACUGGGGGAAGGAGGAGGUGAACAAAACCUUCCCCUUCGAAGCCAAGGAACCCUUCCAGGUUGAAAUCUAUUCUGACCAGGAUUAUUUCCACAUUUUCAUUGAUGAAAACAAAAUCCUGCAAUACAAGCAUCGGCAAAAACAGCUUUCAUCCAUCACCAAGCUGCAGAUUCUCAAUGAUAUUGACAUUUCUUCAGUGGAAAUCACCAAACGAGGCCUUUACUAGCAAGAACAGUUGGGAUAACCUCACCAGCCACUCCUCCUUAAGUUCCUGAUCCAGCUGGGGGCCACAUCCUCCACAUCUCCACCCAUCAUCAGCCAGCCAGAUAGCUGCAGCACAUCCUUGCAGUGGAAAUGAUGGUCACAGCCAUUGCAUGCCACAGCACUAUAGCAGCUUAUAGCCCACAUCAAUGAAGACAUUCUGCCCCUGUAACCUAAAGUGCACAAUGCUCUUAUCUUUGCUGUUAGAGAGACUGACAGAUCACUGCUUCAUAUCAAAAUCUGCCUUGAAUAGCCUGGAUAUUUUAAUGCUGCCCUAGAAAUUGCAUUUGCCCUGGAGUAGGAUGCAAAUUAGUGCUAGUCCUCAGCUGGCUGCAUGGCAAUGGAUGCAACGUGUAUGGAUGUUACCAAUGGAAAGGGACAGCUCACUGCAGGAGCUGGGUUAAAAUGCCACUGUAUUUGCCAAUAAAAUCCAACUAAGAAAUCCCUGCUGAAACAUCCCUCACUGGGCAGAUCAAUUGAGUUGUUUGUUCCCUGCAAACCUAUAGGCGUGCAAUAGGUCUGAGCAACAAUCAGUGCAUGGGGCAGGAGGACACAGGUUGGGGGUUGCUUUACUCUGCACUGGGAAAGCACUGCCCUUUUGCUCUGAGGGUUAAUAAAGUCCUUUCUAUGUAGGCCAAAGUGAUAAGAUGCAAAUUGCAAGAUAUUUCCAGAAGAUAAGUUCCACAGAGAUGUUUGCUCAGCCUGUGUCCUGCCAACACCAGCCUUGUUAGACAGACCUUGGGAGUUGGUGUAGAGGGUCAAAAAAGGGUAAAGCUCAUCAGAGCACAUAAAGGAACAUGGGCCCUCCAGCACGCAAUAGAGACUCCAAAAACAAAAAAACAGUCCACGCUGCUGGACUCCAAAUACAAAAGAACAUCUUCAGAAGCCAAGGUCUAGAAGCCUGUGAGUUCAGAAUGAACAAACUGCCACUCAUCCUGUAGAUGUUCUGACUUUUCUCUUUGCCCUGCCCGCUUUCAUUUCCUCCUCUUUUUCAGCUGCCCUUCAUAUAGCCUUACACCCUGUUCUCUUUGCUGUUCCCUCUUCCUUGAAAAGGGAAAUCUCUCUGAUUCCUUGACCAAGACACUGCAGGCAAAGAUUAUGUUAUUUUUACUGUUUUAAUUGCACACAUUAGAAGCAUAAUGUCACAGUGUUAAAUCUGAACAGGAACUCGCUCCAAAAAUGCAAUUACAGCUGCCCCCAAAUCACUCAAUUGUUUCUCAGACGUAAGGCAGACCACAUUCCUGAUGGCAAGCAAUAACACAGACGGUCCCCGCCUUGCAGUCCCUUCCUUCAGGACAAUGACAUUUAGUAACAAAGCAGCCCUGACCCAUCCUUGUCUUUGGAUGGGAUCACCAAAGGCCAUAGUUGCACUCCAGACUUCUCAGUGCUUAAAUUGGCCAUUCCCAACUCUUCCCUCUGUUUAUAGUCUCGAGGACUUAAAAAGAAGAGGUGACCGCGUAGCCGCCAACCACAACACAGGAUGCCACAAAGCUGACAUUUAUGAGUCUGCUGAAAAGUUUAUCAUUUUCUUCCAGACAUAAAAAACACCAACUGGAACUGGGCCUGUUCUCACGGUGGAGAAUGCAAUGGGAACUAAAAAUAGUCCCAACCAGUACCUCUUCCCCCCAAAGAGAGCAGAAAUUACCAUUUGGAAAUGACAACUGUCUUGGUGGCAAGUUGGGAGAGCUUGGAGAUGGUGAGACUUCCUUUGGAAUAAAUCCAUCACCACUGAGGCAAAACAGUUGCCAGGAUCUGCCUUAAAUUGUAGUUGUGAUGCCACUCAAGGGCCCUACUCCUCCAGCCAUCCCUUCAGUAAGACAGACACAAACGCAGGCAAAAAUAGUCCUGUUGGGAUCUCUGUGUCAUACUUCUGAUAAUGCUGAACUGCAUUUGAAAGAAAUUGUUCUUUUUAUUCAUGCCUGUUUGGGGGCUGAUAGACAGAUCAUUUUUCACAGAGGAAAAGUGAUGAAACAAUUUAUGAGGCUAAUACUUGUACCUACAUAGCUGCAAAAUCCAUUUACAGCCACCGCUGCAGUAAUACUCCACAAUUUCAUUUUUCUCCCUAGAAGCGAGCACAAAAGACCUCGGACAAACAGAGCAAAAAUAUUUCAAGUACAAACAAAUCAAGAGAUGCCACACCAAAUCAGGCAGCAGCAGGGAUUGUGCCACAUCCGCGAGCACCUUCCCCACAGCUGGUGCCAGCGGCUGCUCUCACUGUGUCACCAUCCACACUGAGCAAGCCCAAUCUCUCCUGACACAUCCACAGCACUACUGCAGGGCUUUUUACUUAGGCUUUUAUCUGCUGCCUCCUCUAGCCAUAACAGUCCCAAGGGUAAAAGGGUCUUUGGAGCAAUGUGGUUCUAGGGAGCUACAGGGCAUCCCUGCAAGGAAAGCUGCAGGGCUGGCUGGUUAGGAGAAAUGUUCUCUAACUCUCUCACCCUCAUCUGCCCCUUAAGGAGAAACUCCAGGGAAAGAUGAAGCCACACCAUUAAGAUGAUCAGUUAAAUUCUCAGGAGGGGGUUGACACAUUAGCUCCACACAGAGGCACUGUGUGCUGGUGUUGAGCUGAUCAGAGAGAACCAGCCCAUGCUCCUUCCAUGUCUCAAUCAGUUUUCCUAUUCACCACCUGGGACUGUAGAGGGAACUGAUGGAGAGGCACUCUUGCCCAGCUUGGAAAGGUCCUUUUGAAGAGGAGGGAGAUGAAUAUUUAACUGCCCAAGCUCAGUACUUUUGUUGGGGCCAAGCAGCACAGGAGCCAGGUUGAAAUGUUUCCAGAGAGAGAAGUUACUGCAGGAGGGGAUGGAGACUGUCUUAUUGGUUCUGCUUAUAAAGCAGAAGCUGCUGCCCUUAUGGCUUACACCAACCAGGGAGGGCCAGCAGGGAGAGAUGCCCUUCAGGAGGCAAAGCCAGGAGAGGCAGUGACCCCACAGAGGAGCUCUCCCAUUCCCACUUGUGUUCCUCGUUUGGGCUGGAUUUGCUCAGUGAGCAGUGAACUGCUCUGGCUUGUCCCAGAUCAAUAAGAGGGAAAAUAGGCUCAUAAUCCCUCGCGCUUGAGCACUGCCAGAACUCCCAGGGCCAAGGUCUCCUCUGGCAGCAUCUCAGGGCUGCGGAUCUCCUGUGGAGCAUCUGAUGGUGCACAAUUAGCGAGCACUCUUCAGUGCUGCUGACACUGCUGGCAAUCAUCACACACCCUGGCGGCAGCACCGGUGAUUUCCUCAUGGGCCGGUGAGCAAAAGGCUCCCACGUCAGUGACAGUCACAUCCUAUCAGCAGGGCAGCAGCCUGGACACAUCAGGCUGAGUGAUGCUGUCUCUGCCUUAGCAAGGGACACACGAAUAUCAGACACUGGGUCCUGCCCUGAGAUGAGGCAGAGUGCCAGUGCAGUGAGAAAGA